UUCUAGCGAGGACAGACAAAGGCCUGAGCGGUCCAACCCAAAAAACCUGUCGUCCUUGUCUCUUAUCCUCGUCACUCGCCUCCUCUGACAUCCCCGACAUCGCCUCUGUUUUACCCAUCACCGGCGCAAAAUAAAAGGCCAAAAAAAAAAAAAGGGAAAGAGGAGGACGUAGGGAGGAAACUUCACGAUUUCUGCUCGCCACAAGCGUAAUCACGUCUGAAGAUUUUCAUAUAGAACUAAAUGGAUGAAACCAUGAAGCAAUUUCAGGAUGGUCUGAUGGAGGUUGAGAUUGAAGCUGAAAAUUUUUUGUUAGCGCGACACCAAUUAGUUGAAAACGAUAGAUUGAGGAAUGGCAACAGGGAAGCAUUGACAGCACUAAGGAAAAGGGCUAGGACAACCAAAACAAGUAUCCCUUCUCCUUUUGAGUCAAUAAUGAGGGAGAUUGAAUCAAGGCCAUUGGUGAAAGAAAUUUGUGGAACAUGUGGUAACCAUGAUGGCAAAGAGAAUACAUGGUUGAUGUUUCCAGGAACUGACGUUUUUGCUGGUAUACCAUUUCAUGCUGCUCAUGCCAUUUUGGAUAAAGAUCAAGCUGGGUUAGAUUUUGAAGCUAAAAAACUUCAAAGUUACAUCAAGGAGAAGUCCUUCUGGAUUUCUGAAAAAGGAGUUCUUGCUGACAAGAUCAGUCCGGGUGUUCUUAGGUCUCUUGUUACUCUAACAGAUCAGACAAAGGAUCAGGAAAAGGAGUAAAUCAUCCAAGUCCUCUUUUGUAUUGCAAAAACCAAGUUCGGAGACAGAAAGGUUAUUAGUGAAAUCUCUCUCUCUCUCUCUCUCUCUCUCUCUCUCUCUCUCUCCCCACACACACACUCACUCACUCACGUAUUGCCUUUUCUGUGUAUCCACUCUUUUGAUAUCUGUAUAUCUCUGCUGGGAAAUCCACAUGCAUUAUCCCUCAAAUCUAGCUGUUGAAAGCCAUGAGAAAGCUGGGAGGAGCCUUUUCUUUAAGAGAAUUGUAAUUUGUCCACUGUGCAUGUUCUAUAUUUUUGGUGAAAUUCCAUUUUUGGCAUUGUGACUUGUGACUCAGCAAGAAACUGUAUGCUUCCAUGGAUGUAUAUUUGUGUAUUCAUUCAUGUUGGGUAAUGUGUAAUCAAGCACCACAUCAUACAGGUUUUGUGAACUUGGAAAUCAUGGUUAGUCUGUUCACAACUUGUGAACUUGUAUCUUUCGCAUUCAUUUUUCUUAUUGUGUAUAUAAUACCUGGCUUCAUGAGCAUAUAGCAGUUACUCCCAAGGUUGGUCUCCUCUUC